AUGGCUCUUCUCAUUGACGAUGCCGGCUACAAUGCCGGCGAAGCUUUUGGGAAUGUACCAAGUUGGUCCAAUGCUGGAAAUAACGAAAACUAUGGCAGAGAACACGGGACUAGGUACGCUCCACAAGGUAUCCCUGACGCUGCGGCCAAGUUCCGAAAACAAAGUCGAACCAACACUAGAAAGUUCAAGCGAAGAUAUGAAGACCAAUAUGGUGUGGUCCUCGGUAUGUUCGCAAUCUCAUUUUGA